AUGGAAAAAAACAAAACUGUUCAUGAUGAGCUCCACUCGUUGUUUGGAUUUCUUAUCAAUAAUAAUGAUGGGGAAGAAGCUUCCAAUAUAAAAACACUUGGAGAAUGCAGCAAGAUACUGUGCACUUUGUAUCACAAAGAUCUUCCUACGGCGAAAGAUUUUGCUAGAGAAUGUUUACAUUUGUUUGGCUUUUUGAAAGAACUGAAAGAAAAAGAACGCCCUCUGACAAUUAUUGGACUCUACGAAGCUCUACACGAUAAUGCACUUCAAGACUUAUAUCCUUAUGUCGAUUUGCAUUAA